GGUGUGCGCGAGGCGGCGGCGGCGGCGGCGGCGGCGCGUGGCCUCGUCGGCGUCUCCGUCCAGCGCGGCCUCCCCUCCUCCUCCUCCUCUUUCUUCUCCCCUCUUCCCCCUCCCCCCUCCCUCCUUCCUCCUCUCCUCGCCCAGGCCGGGGCCAUGACCGACUUCAAGCUGGGCAUCGUCAGGCUCGGCCGUGUGGCGGGCAAGACAAAAUACACCCUGAUAGAUGAACAAGACAUUCCUCUCGUAGAGAGCUACUCUUUUGAGGCUCGGAUGGAAGUCGACGCUGAUGGAAAUGGUGCUAGAAUCUUUGCUUUUGCGUUUGACAAGAAUCGAGGCAGGGGAUUCGGACGUCUGCUGCAUGAGUUGCUGUGGGAGAGGCACCGGGGAGGCAUUGCCCCAGGGUUUCAGGUGGUGCAUUUGAAUGCCGUGACGGUGGAUAACCGUUUGGACAACUUGCGAUUGGUGCCGUGGGGCUGGAGACCCAAAGCUGAAGAAAUCUCUAGCAAGCAAAGGGAACAAAGCUUAUACUGGCUGGCGAUACAACAGCUUCCCACCGAUCCCAUCGAGGAGCAGUUCCCCGUAUUGAAUGUCACACGCUACUACAACGCUAACGGAGACGUGGUGGAAGAAGAGGAAAGCUCGUGCACGUACUAUGAAUGUCACUACCCCCCCUGCACAAUGAUUGAGAAACAGUUACGCGAGUUCAACAUCUGUGGCCGAUGCCAGGUGGCGCGAUACUGCGGUUCGCAGUGCCAGCAGAAAGACUGGCCCGCUCACAAGAAGCACUGUCGGGAGAAGAAACGAGCCGUCCAGCAAGAACUGGGACCAGAGCGAUGACCGGCUGGUCCGUAAACCUUCGCCGUAAGAAGGGCUCCUUCCCUCCCGGAGGGCGAGGGUCGGAAGGCGCCCGCUUUGCACAGACUGCUCACUUGAAGCCAGAGGCACUGACAACCAGGAGAAAAAAAGAAGGAAGAAAGAAAAAGAAAGAAAGAAAAGACGAGACACACACACACACACACACAAAAGACCAUCUGUCAACCCCUGUGAUGCUUGAGUGAAAGGGAACCGGCUUUUUUCCCUCUUAGUGUUAAAAAUCUCAAGCGGGAAAAACACAGAGAGAGAAAGAGAGAGAGACUACUAUAGAAGCUGUUCUAGCUGGGAAGCUUCUUGUUAUUUAUAUGUUAAUAUGUUUGUAAAGUUGUGUACAGGUUUCUGUUUCGUUUCCGGGGUGGGGUGGGGUGGGAGGCGUUGUUUUGGGGUUUUUGUUUUUUCCCUGGGGAGGAGGAGGAGGGUGGGUGGGGGGUUUAGCAGUGCUCUUUAUCUAGGACUCAUUUACUGUAACGUUUCGGGUGAGAACACAUUGAUGGUUGAACAAAAUAACUGUCUUUAAUAGCGAAAGCUUUUUUUUUAAUCCCUGGGAGAACCCCCGGGGAUCUAGCACAGACAUCAGCAGUUAUAAUCUGAACAACUCUGCAUGGAAGUUGUGUUUUCAAAGUAAAAGGAUUGGAAUGGA